UCAGCUUCGGCGUCAGGGCGGCGAGGAGGCCCGGCCCGGCCCGGAGCGCCUGGCGCGGCCCCUCCGUCUCCGGCCCGGGCGCGGAAGAGGCGGCGGCGGCGGCGGCGGGCGCGCCCAACAUGGAGGGCGGCAGGCCGGUGGCGGCGCUGGGCGUCGGGCCGGGGGCGUCGGAGCCCGGGGUCCCGGCCCGUCGGCCCUCCCGCCUGGCGGCCCCCAUAGCCGCAGCCCCGGCCUCGCCUGGCGCCGAGCAGCCAGCCGACAGCCCUACAGGGUCCCACGUUGAGUGGUGCAAGCAACUCAUUGCUGCUACGAUUUCUAGCCAAAUUUCAGGCUCUGUCCUCUCGGACAACGUAUCCAGAGAAUACCGGGUGUACAGGAAGCCCACCAUAAGGGAGAUUCAGGAUGGACGCAAUGGUUAUCCUUCUGACGCAGAAGUCGAUCAGGCAUUGAGGGAUGGAAACAAGCUGGCCCAGAUGGAAGAAGCACCGCUCUUUCCGGGAGAGUCCAUCAAAGCCAUUGCUAAAGAUGUGGUCUAUAUCUGUCCAUUCAUCGGAGCCAUCAGUGGCACGUUGACAGUGACGGAUUACAAAAUGUAUUUCAAGAACGUUGAGAGGGAUCCACAUUUUGUGCUUGACGUUCCCCUCGGAGUAAUAAGUAGAGUUGAAAAGAUUGGAGUCCAGAGCCACGGAGACAAUUCGUGCGGUAUAGAGAUUGUUUGCAAGGAUAUGAGAAACCUGCGGCUCGCUUACAAACAGGAAGAGCAUAGACUGGAGAUUCUUCAGAACCUGGUUACCCGAGCGUUUCCUCUUUCUCACGGGCUGCCAUUCUUUGCAUUCAGUUACAAAGAGAAAUUUCCUACAAAUGGUUGGAAGGUUUAUGAUCCGGUGGCGGAGUAUAAAAGACAGGGUUUACCCAACGAGAGCUGGAAAAUAUCCAAAAUUAACAGCAUGUAUGAAUUUUGUGACACAUAUCCUGCCGUUCUUGUUGUGCCAACCAGCGUCAAAGACGAAGAUCUCUCCCGCGUGGCUGCGUUUAGAGCGAAAGGCAGAGUUCCAGUGUUAUCCUGGAUCCACCCAGAGAGCCAGGCCACCCUCACCAGAUGCAGCCAGCCUCUCGUUGGGCCGAACGACAAGCAGUGCAAAGAAGAUGAGAAGUACUUACAAACCAUCAUGGAUGCCAACGCUCAGUCUCACAAGCUAUUCAUCUUUGACGCCAGGCAAAACAGCGUUGCAGAUGCCAACAAGGCCAAAGGCGGCGGGUACGAAAGCGAAAGCGCCUAUCCCAACGUGGAGUUGAUCUUCUUGGAAAUCCCGAAUAUCCACGUGAUGAGGGAAUCGCUGCGCAAACUGAAAGAAAUUGUUUACCCCGUCAUUGAUGAAUCCCGGUGGCUGUCCAACGUGGAGAGUACACACUGGCUGGAAUACAUACGGAUGCUUCUUGCCGGAGCCGUGAGAAUAGCUGACAGAAUUGAGUCGGGCAAAACCUCGGUGGUGGUCCAUUGCAGUGACGGUUGGGACCGUACUGCUCAAUUGACUUCCUUGGCGAUGCUCAUGCUGGACAGCUAUUAUCGGACCAUCAAAGGCUUUGAGGUCCUCUUGGAGAAGGAAUGGAUGAGUUUUGGCCAUCGCUUCGCCAUGCGAGUCGGUCAAGGGGAUGACGAUCAUGCAGAUGCUGACAGAUCUCCUAUCUUCCUGCAGUUCAUAGAUUGUGUCUGGCAAAUGACAAAGCAGUUUCCAGCAGCGUUCGAAUUCAACGAGCUGUUUUUGAUCAGCAUUUUGGAUCAUCUUUAUAGCUGUCUCUUUGGCACCUUUUUGUACAACUCCGAACAUCAGCGAAUAAAAGAGGAGAUAAAUACCAAGACUGUCUCCUUGUGGUCCCACAUCAAUAGCCAGGUGGAGGAAUUCAGUAAUCCUUUCUACGUCAACUACAAGAACCACGUUCUCUAUCCAGUAGCCAGCUUAAGUCAUUUGGAAUUGUGGGUCAACUACUACGUACGUUGGAACCCCCGAAUGAGACCCCAGAUGCCGAUUCACCAGAACCUGAAGGAACUCCUGGCCAUCCGAACGGAGCUGCAAAAGAGGGUGGAGGAGCUGCAGCGGGAAGCCACCAAGCGUUCCAUUUCGUCUUCCUCCGAGCGAGGCUCCUCUCCCGCCGUCACACCGGUCCACACUUCCGUCUGACUGCCCCCCCCCAGCCGAGGCCACGAGGUUUACUACAGACAUGUUACCUGCUGCCAGAAACCUGCCCUCCCUCCCCCUGGUGUAAUUUGGGGGUGUGGAGGGCAGAGGGGGGGUGUUCGCCCCCCCUUUCCUCGGUGUGUGUUACAGUAAAGCCAAAAGUAUUUCCUUGCAGUGUCACGCUGAAGAGUGGUGUUGGUUACUUCUUCCUUUUUAAUCUGUCCUUUUUAAAAAAAAAAAAAUGUUGAGCGUCGUAGGGAUGGCCAAACUCUUUACUUCUUGUAGCUUGCAGCAAAACCAGGAAGCCUGUCGAUUGGGCAAGCGAUGAUGGAGGCCGCAUUGCAACGUCGCCUCCCACGGAAAAAAAAAAAACGUACAAAGUUGACUUCGUGUCCGGGAAGUGAAACCUGUCCGCUUUCCUCGGUACUUAAUACAUGGUGGGUGGGUUUUUCAGAAAAGGGGAAAGCAAGCCACAGCCAAUGCUGUAUUUUGGGGCACAGCUCUGAUGCACUUUGAAAUGGAUGAUUUUUUUUUUUAUUAUUCCUAUAGCAGUUGUAUAUUUUGAAUAAAGAUGUUUUAAAAGCAA